AUGAUUUCUGCCCUUCGAAGGAAGCUAGGGGGGGACAAGGACGAUUCUACCUCGUCUCCUAUUCCAUCUGGUAUUCAGCGAGUCGAUCAAGAGCUACAGAAACGAUUUGCGAGAGGGAUUCAGUAUAACAUGAAGAUUGUAAUACGUGGUGAUCGGAACGUAGGCAAGUCGUGCUUACUCCGUCGUUUGCAAGGGCUACCAUUUUUGGAGGACUACGUUACCACCGAGGAAAUUCAGGUUGCUAGCGUUCACUGGAAUUACAAAGCAACAGACGAUGUUGUUAAAGUAGACGUUUGGGAUGUAGUUGACUCAUCAACUAAAAAGCGCUUGAAAAACGGAAAGCUCAAGCUUUCCAACGCAUCUGGAAAACAACUAGAUGAGGUAACGAUAGCCAUUUGUGUUUUGGAUACCUUAUGUGAAGCAGUGGGAGGAAGUGCGCAUGGUGCUAUCCUCAUGUUGGACAUCACGAAGCCGUGGUCGUGGGACUACGUUCAAAAUGAAAUAGAGGCGGUCCCUUCUCAUCUUCCGAUUCUAAUCCUUGCAAACCGUCGGGAUAUGGGUCAUCAUAGGGAGAUCACCGACGACCAAAUCUCUGAUUUUGUCGAGAACUUCAACACGUCCCAUCCGUCACCUGGCGGCUUUCCGCGCGUGAGAUGGACGUCUUCAUCAAUGCGCAAUGCGUUUGGCUUGCGUUUCGUAUAUUUAUUCUUCAACAUGCCAUUUCUUUACUUGCAAAGGGAGACACUCCAGCGACAGCUAGAGACGAAUACCGAGGAAAUAAGAUGUAGUGACGUAGAGCUCGAUUUAUUCUUACCAUAUUUAUUCAGCUUCCGUAGUUGUUUUAGUGAAUAUUCAAAUGGAAUGGUAAGGAUGGUAGAAGAGGAUUUUGAAGCUGAUGACGAACUUAAGGAGAAAAUGUCGCGGCUGGCAACGGAGACCAGCUCAAAAGACUUAUCGUACUUAAGGUUGCUCCCAAACACUCCUUUUGGUUCGUUUUUCUUUUCAGCUUCACGUUAA